AUGGGCGGACACCUGGGCGGACACACGGACACACAGACGGGCACGGGCGGAUACACGGGCGGACACAGGGACCCACAGACGGACACACGGACGGGCACGGGCGGAUACACGGGCGGACACACGGACACACGGACGAACACACGGACACACAGACGGACACACAGACGGGCACGGACGGGGGCACGGACGGACACACAGACGGGCACGGGCGGGGGCACGGACGGACACACGGACACACAGACGGACAGACGGGCACGGGCGGGGGCACGGACGGACACACAGACGGACACACGGACGGACACACAGACGGGGGCACGGACGGAGAUAUAG